UGUGCUACAAAAGUUAGCUGUCUGUUUAAGUUUAUCAGUUAGUUUAUGAUUUAACAAGGAAGAAAUGUCGGAUGAUAAUCCCACAAGACAGGAAGAAGAAGUGGAGGCGUUGGCUGCCAUUUAUGGAGAAGACUGGUGUGUGGUCAGUGAGCAAGCACACAUCUACAGUAUACAAAUCAGAGAUGUCAACCCAAAAUCACACAGGAACAUUAUUGUUGAAAUCACAAUGCCUCCUGGCUAUCCAACAGAGUCGCCUCCCCUGUAUCAGUUUACGGCUCCUUGGCUUCGCCGACAGGAAAAACAGAUAUUAGAGAACUCUUUAGCAGAUAUUUACUGUGAAAACCUUGGAGAAAGCAUCAUCUAUCUUUGGAUUGAACGAAUCCGGGAAGUAGUGCAGGCUCAACUAGACGAUAGUCAAUCAGAUUCUUCUCCACACACUUCAAAGUCGUCGGCAUCAGCUGUCAGCGAUGAGGAUGAUAAUGACAGUGAAUUUGACCUGUCUGACCUGGUAAUAUCAUCAAUGGAACAACCAGACGAUGGGGAAGCGAUGGAAUGUCCACCCAUCAAUAGUGGCGAGCCAAUCUUGGACAGAAAAAGUACAUUUCAAGCUCAUCUAGCCCCAGUGGUUCAUAAAAAACAGGUAAAACAGGUACUGGAUACGCUAUACCAAAACAAGAAGAUUGCCAAUGCUACACACAACAUUUACGCCUACAGAAUCUGUGAGGGCGGUACUGUUUAUCAGGGUUGUGAGGACGAUGGUGAAACCAAUGCUGGCUCACGCAUGCUUCACCUGUUACAGAUCUUGGAUACUGAGAAUGUGCUGGUGGUGGUUUCAAGGUGGUAUGGAGGCAUACUUCUGGGUCCUGAUCGUUUCAAGCACAUCAACAAUGCUGCAAGAAUACUGUUAGAGGCUCAGGGUUACAUCAAGUCAAAGGACUUGAAAAAAGGACCCAAAAGUGGUGGAAAAAAGAAAAGAUGAUAAAGCUGUAUAUUUAUUACUGAUUAAAUCAUUUGAAAGUGUACAAGAGUGAGUAUCUGUUACUAUAAGGUAUUGUUCAACUGACUAGUUUCUGAACUCCAAAGAUAAUUUCAUUCUUUGAAAAAUAUUGUGCAAUGUACUGGAGGAUUAAAUCAUAGAAUCUAUGAAUAUCCGACUCGAUUAAGGUUUAUUUAUUCCACAAAGGUUAUAGGACUCUAUGAGUGGUAACUGAGUGUGAAAAGUUGGAAGUAUUUGAAUCUAUGAAAGCUGUUAAACUCUAUGUUGGAAUUCAACUUUGUAUUGAAUAAUUGACACUGAGUAUUUGACACUGAGUAUUUGACUCUGUAAGAAAGCAGACUUGUUCUAUUUCAGAUUGAAUUUUGCUACAUUAUUGUACAAUGUGCAUGAAUUCAUUGUUAAAGUUUUUAAAUGAUUUUAAUCCCUGAAAGAAUUAUAUUGUUAUAUUUAUUGAAUACUUUGUGAUGUGUUUUGUCUUAUGAAGCUGUGGAGACUUUGUGAUGUAUUUUGUCCCAUGAAGUACCACAAAUAACAUUUCCCCUACCUAUUCUGGUGUAGAGACUUUGUGAUAUAUUUUGUCCCAUGAAGUACAACAAAUCACAUUUCCCCUACCUAUUCUGGUGUAGAGACUUUGUGAUAUAUUUUGUCCCAUGAAGUACAACAAAUUAUAUUUUCCCUACCUAUUCUGGUGUAGAGACUUUGUGAUGUAUUUUGUCAUAUGAAGUACAACAAAUAACAUUUCCCAUACCUAUUCUGGUGUAGAGACUUUGUGAUGUAUUUUGUCCCAUGAAGUACAACAAAUCACAUUUCCCCUACCUAUUCGGGUGUAGAGACUUUGUGAUAUAUUUUGUCCCAUGAAGAACCACAAAUUAUAUUUUCCCUACCUAUUCUGGUGUGAAGCCUAUGUGAUAUUUUUUGUCUAAUAAAGUACAACAAAUCACAUUUCCCCUACCUAUUCUGCUGUGGAGACUUUGUGAUGUAUUUUGUCCCAUGAAGUACAACAAAUCACAUUUCCCCUACCUAUUCUGCUGUGGAGACUUUGUGAUGUAUUUUGUCCCAUGAAGUACAACAAAUCACAUUUCCCCUACCUAUUCUGGUGUAGAGACUUUGUGAUAUAUUUUGUCCCAUGAAGAACCACAAAUUACAUUUCCCCUACCUAUUCUGCUGUGGAGACUUUGUGAUGUAUUUUGUCCCAUGAAGUACAACAAAUCACAUUUCCCCUACCUAUUCUGGUGUAGAGACUUUGUGAUAUAUUUUGUCCCAUGAAGAACCACAAAUUACAUUUCCCCUACCUAUUCUGGUGUAGAGACUUUGUGAUGUAUUUUGUCUAAUAAAGUACAACAAAUUACAUUUUCCCUACCUAUUCUGGUGUAGAGACUUUGUGAUGUAUUUUGUCUAAUAAAGUACAACAAAUUACAUUUUCCUACCUAUUCUGGUGUAGAGACUUUGUGAUGUAUUUUGUCUAAUAAAGUACAACAAAUUCCAUUUUCCUACCUAUUCUGGUGUAGAGACUUUGUGAUGUAUUUUGUCUAAUAAAGUACAACAAAUUACAUUUUCCUACCUAUUCUGGUGUAGAGAUUUUGUGAUGUAUUUUGUCUAAUAAAGUACAACAAAUUACAUUUUCCUACCUA